CUUUGCGGCACAGAGAAUCCUUAACCUGGACAAACAGAAGCCAGACUUCAGUCCACAAAUCCUUCUAUCAUCGCUAUGGGAAUUAUACAGUUUUUCUUCCAAAACGAAGCGCUUAUCCCCUACUACUUGAAACCCGUGCACUCAGGGGCACAGACUAUAAAAAGCCGUCAGUGGACGGAAUUUGUGCACUGAAAGGAGAGAUCUAGAAGGGACCUUACACAAUGUGGGUGUCCUGUUGAUGCGGAGAUGAUGAUGCUCCACCUAUGAAGCUCAAAAGUAACAGAUGUGAAUCUGGACAUAUUUAAAAGAAGACUGAUUCGACUGGGACAAUGCCUGGGAAAAUGUACAUGACUGUGUUGCUGAUGCUGCUGUGCACUGUGGUAGGUGACGUCUUAACCCUCGCACUGACCCCUAGCCCAAUCACAGAGAAGCCCUUGUCUCCUCGACACUACCGCCACGUCGAUCCCAACACUGGAAUCAAGCUAGUGUGUGACAAGUGUCCAGCGGGCACCUAUGUGUCCUCUCACUGCACCAAGGCCAGUGUGCGGGAGUGCAGCCCCUGCCCGGAGGGCACCUUCACCCGGGGCGAGAACGGGGUGGAGCAGUGCCACCGCUGCCAGAGACGCUGCCAAGCCCCUCAUAUCGAGAAGACACCCUGUACGUCCACUACCGAUCGGGUGUGCCUGUGCCCACCGGGCAGCUUCUCUCAGGGUGAAAAGUGUCAGAGCCACUCGUUAUGUCCACACGGGUGGGGCGUUAGAAAGCGGGGAAGUGAGACAGAGGAUGUGCGUUGCCGCCCAUGUCAGCGUGGCACCUUCUCUGAUGUGGCCUCAGAUGUUCUGAAGUGCCGAACUCACACAGAUUGCCAGUCUCUGGGCUUAACGCUGCUUAUCAAGGGCAAUGAGUCAACUGACAACGUAUGUGGCUUAAUUCCAGCAAGUUCGUUCUCUGUCCCACUUGGACAGGCCUCAAGCAUGGAGUCAGCACAUAGAGCUAGUACUGCAGUCUCACCAGCUACAAAGAUUGAGGAUGUAGUAGGACUGGUUUUCAAUAGCACUGAGACUGCCCUCAACUCUGCAGACAUUCCUACAACCACAGCUUCCUCUAAGGAAAGUAUUGAGGAUAGAGAAAUCCUAAUUGCUGCAACUCAGGACCUACCUAAAAGGCACCACAAGCUCUCUUUAUCACGGGACCACCAGCUGGCCAACCAGAAGGCCAUGGAGACUCUAUCUGAGGACAAGGCCCAGGGAUUAGGCUACCGGACCAUCCGCAGGGGUGCGCCGAGGCCCAGCACGCACAAGCACUUUGACAUCAAUGAGCACCUGCCCUGGAUGAUAGUCCUGCUGCUUUUGCUGGUGCUGGUGGUCAUCGUAGUAUGCAGCAUAAAACGCAGUUCACGGGUGCUAAAGAAGGGUCCCAGACAGGAUCCAAGCAGCAUCAUGGAGAAAGCCAUCCAUAAGAAUCCCAGCUUUCCAACGCACACCAAGGAGAAGUGGAUUUACCACUCAAAUGGCCAGGGUGUUGACAUCCUGAAGCUGGUGGCCGCGCAGAUCGGCAGUCAGUGGAUUGAUAUGUACAAGUCUUUGGCAAGUGCCACAGAGCGAGAAGUGGCUGCCUUUUCUAACGGCUACUCAGCCGAUCACGAGAGGGCAUACGCUGCUCUGCAGCACUGGACAAUACGUGACAGUGAUGCCAACCUGGCCAAGCUGAUCAAUGCCCUUCACCGGCAACGGCGUAUUGACGUGGUGGACAAGAUCCGUAGUGUCAUGGAAGACAAUCCUCAGGUUGACCUGAACAUGCUAAUGAUGGCUGUGAAUGUAAGCCAUUGUCUGAGCCCCAACCAUAAACCUUUAGAGUCGCCUGGUGUUGUGGUGGUGCAGUCCCCGAUGGAGCGCACCAAAGGAUUCUUUACUGACGAAUCAGAACCGCUGCUGCGUUGUGACUCCACUUCCAGCAAGGACUCUGCCCUUAGCCGGACAGGCUCUUUUAUAACCAAAGAGAAAAAAGACACGGUGCUACGGCAGGUGCGUUUGGACCCAUGUGACCUGCAGCCCAUUUUUGAUGAUAUGUUGCACAUUCUCAACCCAGAAGAGCUCCAUGUCAUUGAGGAGAUCUCGAUGGCUGAGGACAAACUGGACCGCUUGUUCGAGAUCGCUGGGGUAAAGAGUCAAGAAGCAAGCCAGACCUUGCUUGACUCAGUCUAUAGCCACUUGCCUGACCUCCUAUGAACCUCUGUAAGAUCUUGCUCAUUGUCAGCUACAAAACCAUAGUGACGGACACACGAAUGUGCUUUCACUUCGUCACGUUGUCUUAGUCAAACAUGCACGCAAUUUCAAAAUCUCUGUAAUGCUCAGACAGGAGUCUCUCUGCACAUUAGAAGCCCCUCCAUGCCCUAGCAUAGAAAUGGCGUGGAUGAAGUGUUUGCUUUAUAAUUUGGAGUGUCUUGUAUGUGUGCUCUUGACUAGACACAGAUAGUGUCAAUGCUAUAACCUCUCUAACAUGCAGCAUAUUCUUGCACACACUUCGGCAUGACAUCUAUCUCAUAAGCUACAUAAUGUAAUUUAUGAACAAGUUCUGUAAAUUUUUAAAUCAAUCCUUUCAUUCCUUUGGCAUCAUGUGCAUUUUUAUAUAUAUUACUUACAAAUUAACAUCAUAAUCAGUAAGGCAUAUUUGUUCCUUUGGUUUAUUUUCUACAUUCACAAGUAUGACCACUGUAGCUUUUUAGAUUUUUUUUUUUUUUUUUAAUUUAAUUUAUGUGAUUUCAAGGGCAUUGAAAAAUCAUUCCUCCUGGUUAUGAUGCAAUUCAUGACUGUGGAUAAUGUGCAUUCAUUAUACUUCCCAUGCUUUUUCAAAUUUAUUCCACAACAUAAAAUGUAGCAUUUGAGUAUUCAUAUUGCAGAUGUUGAUAUGUGGUACAGAGAGAAUGUCUCUCUGUUUAACUGUUCAAUCUAAUUAAGACACUCUGGUGCUAAAUGUGAAACUUUGGGAUUAUGGUUGAUUUUAUCCCAGUAACAGGGUGUAUAUUGUCAUUUGACCUCUGAACUUUGAAAAUGUGGGUCAAACAAAAUAUCAGCUGGUAAAAACUCUCCUGGAUUUCCUGGAGAAGAAUGUUGGAUGAGCUGUUUGGAAACACAAAAAGAAAAGGCAUUUAGUCUCAGAAGUAUGGAGCAGAAAGUUAGAAAUAUGUAUUCUAAUGGCUGUUUUAAAAUGUAACACAUGUAACCAAGACAUUGUUAUUGUUAAUUAUCAUGUAACCUGAUAAAUCAACAAAUUAAAGUUAAUGUACUGUA